UUUUCGUCUUUUUCUUUUGGUGUCCUACAGUCUUCCGGAAAGUUAACUUUAGCCUUUAGCAUUUGCUAUUGAAGUUAUACAGCCUGCUUAUUUUAUUUUUUGGGUUUUCAUCUUUGUCGUCAAGAAUUAGAUAGCUUCAACAUCUCUAAAAUGGCCAGCUCAGUCUUCCGAUCACUGGUGACCCCGCUGCGCCGCGGCGGACGGCGCCAGUUCUCCUCAGGCCGAAAAACUGUGACCCUCAUCCCCGGCGAUGGCAUCGGCCCGGAGAUCAGCGCCGCCGUCCAGAAGAUAUUCUCGGCUGCAGGAGUGCCGAUCGACUGGGAAUCUGUGGACGUGACGCCCGUGCGCGGCCCGGACGGCAUGUUCGGCAUCCCCCAGUCGGCCAUCGACUCGGUCAACAAAAACCAGAUCGGCCUCAAGGGCCCGCUCAUGACGCCCGUCGGCAAGGGUCACCGCUCGCUCAACCUGGCGCUCAGAAAGGAGUUUAACCUGUACGCCAACGUGCGGCCGUGCCGCUCCAUCGACGGCUACGAGACGCUCUACAAGGACGUCGACCUGGUCACCAUCCGUGAGAACACCGAGGGCGAGUACUCGGGCAUCGAGCACGAGAUCGUGCCCGGCGUGGUGCAGAGCAUCAAACUCAUCACGGAGCCGGCCUCGAUGCGCGUGGCAGAGUUCGCCUUCAACUAUGCCAAGGCCAACGGGCGCAGCAAGGUGACGGCCGUCCACAAGGCCAACAUCAUGCGUCUGUCGGACGGCACGUUCCUCAACUGCUGCCGACUGGUGGCCGAGCGGAACCCGGACAUCAAGUUCGAGGAGCGCUACCUGGACACGGUGUGCCUGAACAUGGUGCAGGACCCGUCACAGUACGACGUGCUGGUCAUGCCCAACCUGUACGGAGACAUCCUCUCGGACCUGUGCGCUGGCCUGAUCGGAGGACUGGGCGUCACACCCAGCGGCAACGUCGGAAUCAACGGAGCCAUCUUCGAGUCGGUGCACGGCACUGCGCCCGACAUCGCCGGCCUGGACCUGGCCAACCCGACAGCGCUGCUGCUCUCCGCCGUCAUGAUGCUGCGGCACAUGGAGCUCAACUCGUUCGGGGACCGCAUCGAGACGGCGUGUCUGGACGUCAUCCGCGAGGGCCGCCACCGGACCGGCGACCUCGGCGGCUCGGCCAAGUGUUCCGAGUUCACCGACGCCAUCUGUGAGAAGCUGUAGGAGGCUGCGCCGUGCCGGUCGCCGCUAGGGCGCCGGCGCCGCCCGCUAGGCUGAUUAUUGGGUGCUGUUGUGCAAUUUAGGGCGAGAUGCGGUGGCGUGACGGCCGCGUAGGUCACGGACCGGUGGUGUGGUGGGCGACAGGACAGGAUUGAGGAUGGAGCUGUGUCUAGCUAGACGCUCGCUACACUAUUUAUUGCAUCUCGCCGCCCGUUAUGCCGCUCCCGUCUGUGUUUGUUUUGUUUCCGUUACUGGGGCUGGUAGGUGGCCGGUACUCGGGCCGGCGCCGGCAGCUCCGUCUGUCUGUCUGUCUGUGUGUGGGGCGUGUCCGCCGGCCCGGUGCGGCGGCGGCGGCGGCGGCGCGCCAUGACUCUUCCUCGGGGCGCCGCCGCCGCCGCCCCCGCCCCCGCCCCCGCCCGCCGACGGAGGGGCGGCGGCCGGCGCGUGAACACGGUAAUUGGUGUGUGCAUCGAUCCUGAGCGAUGAAGAGUUCCGUCGGCGCCGGGCGGCGGGUACGGUCCGCCCGGCGGGCGAGCGGGCACGGUCGGGCACGGUCCGCCGGGCGAGCGGGCACGGUCGGCCCGGCGAGCGAGGCCGCGCCGUACCGGGGCACCGGCCGUCCUCCGGCACCUCACCAGUCUCCAUGACUUGGAGCCCCUAUACAGGCUUCUUUACGACUCUCUCUUUUCUUUCUACCUUACUUCUGUAUUAUUUAUCUGAUUUGUUUGCAUCUAGACAUCUGAUUGCCGUUCCCUUUUUGAAAUGCCUCAGGUCUGAUGUUUCCGUUGUAUUUGUCCAUGCGUAUUGUUUCUAGAUUUGCCAUAUACUCAUAUCAGUUAUUCUCUUUUGAUCCACCCUCCCUCCAGCUUUUCCGUAUGACAUUUCUUGUCGUCAUUUACCUCGUUACUUUUCAUGCGAUCGCCGAUCUCGUCUCUCCGGCGUUUCCCGUCGCCGCCGCACAUCUUGCCUGUAUCCAGGCGCGUUUUUGUCCGCUGCCGAUUAUCAUUUCUGGUGAGUGCCACUGCGCCAUGUCCCAGACGGGCUGCUUUGGACCGUCUCUCGCCCUCUGUGUCUCUCGAUCCCUCUCUCCCUCUUUUCCCUCUUCUUACACUCUCCUCUUUCUCCGUCUUUCUUCUUUUCUUGCCUCUAUCAAUCUCUGUCUCUUCUUUUUUCCUUCUCCUUUACGUCUAUUUAUCUAUCUAUUUAUCUAUCUAUUUCUAUCUAUAUCUAUCUGUAGAUCUACCUACCUACAUAUUUAUCCCUCCCGCUGCUCUCUGGUCUCUCAGUUGUCGGUUUACCGGGGUCCGAUUCCACCAGUCAGUAUUGAGAGGAUUGCGUGCCCCGCCCGUCAGUACUGAGAGGAGGGCGCCCCGCCCGUCAGUACUGAGAGGAGGGCGCCCCGCCCGUCAGUAUUGAGAGGAGGGCGCCCCCGGUCGCGCGCCGAUACCCCAGCUCGGAGAAGUGUGAGAGUGCGAGUGAGGCGAGUGGUGCGCCCCGCGCCGAGCCGCGCCGGGCUGUUCUGUGACUGCUGACUUCUGCAAUACACGCCGCCGCAGAUGUG